CCAACUAAAAUAGUCAAUUAGUAAUCGGGUUCGAUGUUCACCCAAGAAAGGACACGCAUGCGUGAUAAUGAGAAAAUAGAAAUCUUCCGCGAAAAUUCGGCUUGUUGAAGGUUGCCAGACGUUUGGCUUAAAUAUAGGGAUCUGGCGGUGAAUGAGUAGAGAAAGGAAUGAAUGGAACAGACAAUGGGGGGUUCAUCAAUGGCAGUGGUGACAACAGAGAAAGGGUGGCCAUAUUGGAUGCUGGUGCCCAGUAUGGCAAGGUUAUUGAUAGAAAAGUUCGAGAACUUUUUGUGGAAUCUCAGAUUUUGCCAUUAGAUACACCUGCAUUUACCCUGAAAGAGGAAGGUUACAGGGCAAUUAUCAUAUCAGGAGGACCCAACUCUGUCUAUGCUGAAAAUGCUCCCAGAUAUGACCCAGAAAUAUUUGCUUGUGGACUGCCAGUGUUGGGAAUCUGCUAUGGCAUGCAGAUGCUAAAUAAAGAAUUUGGUGGAAGUGUGCAUCCUAAAGAAGCAAGAGAAGAUGGUCAAUUCACAAUAACUAUAGACACAAAUUGUUCUUUAUUCAGGUCCUUAAAGAAAGAGCAGAAUGUAUUGCUGACACAUGGAGACAGUAUUGACACGGUGGCUAAUGGCUUCACUGCCAUAGCUCACUCAGGAAAGAUUAUAGCUGGUAUUGCCAAUGAGGAAAAGAAAUUAUUUGGUCUUCAGUUCCAUCCUGAAGUUGAUUUGACGGACCAGGGCAAAGAGAUGAUGAGUCACUUCCUGUUUGACGUCGCCAAGUGUAAAGGAAUGUUUACAAUGCAGGGACGUGAGGCGGAGUGUCUGAAGUAUAUCACAGAAGUCACAGGAAACCACAAAGUCUUGAUGUUGUUGAGUGGAGGAGUGGAUUCAACAGUUUGUGCAGCACUAUUACACAAAGCUUUAUCCAAGGAGCAGGUCAUUGCUGUCCAUAUAGACAAUGGCUUCAUGCGGAAAAAUGAAAGUCAGAAUGUUGUACAGUCUCUUAACAAAAUAGGGCUAAAUGUGAAAGUUGUGAAAGCAGCUCAUACAUUUUACAAUGGAUCAACAUCCAUAUCAGUGAAGACUGGAGAUUCCACACCACGUAAACGCAAAACAGAAAGGCUUAAUACAGUCGUAUGUCCGGAGGAGAAGAGAAAAAUUAUUGGGGAUACAUUUAUGAGGGUAGCAAAUGAAGUUUUAGAGGAAUUGAAUUUAAAACCAGAGGAUGUGUAUUUAGGCCAAGGCACAUUGAGGCCGGAUUUGAUUGAGAGUGCUUCAGAGCUUGCCAGUGGUAAAGCUGAUGCCAUAAAGACUCACCACAAUGACACAGAACUGGUGAGAGAACUACGCAGACAGGGCAGAGUGGUAGAACCGCUCAAAGACUUCCACAAGGACGAAGUCCGCACCAUAGGCAAAGACCUAGGGCUUCCUCCAGAACUUGUUCAUAGACACCCAUUUCCAGGGCCAGGACUUGCUAUCCGUGUGAUAUGUGCAGAGGAAGCAUACAUGUGUAAGGAUUUUGCUGAGACUAGCAUUCUGCUCAAAUUCCUUAUGGACUUCUCAAAUUCAGUCAAAACACCACACACACUAAUUACCAGACUGAAGAACAGUACUUCAGAGGAGGAGCAGCAGCAACUGAAGCAAAUCAGUGAAGAGGCUCAGCUCUUCUCUACACUGUUACCAAUCAAAACCGUUGGGGUUCAGGGAGAUUGCAGGACCUAUAGUUACGUGGUAGGAAUAUCUAGUGACAGUGAACCAAACUGGGAGAACUUGAUGAUACUUGCCAAACUUAUUCCACGAAUAUGCCAUAAUAUAAAUAGGGUAGUUUAUAUAUUUGGUGGUUCCGUGCGGUUCCCUGUGGAGGACAUCACCCCCACCUACCUAACCAAUGGAGUACUGAGCACGCUCAGACAGGCCGACUACCUGGCCACGGAGGUGUUACACGCAACCAACACGACCUCCAGCCUCAGUCAGAUGCCGGUCAUUAUCAUACCUGUCCACUUCGACAGGGACCCCGUCAAAAACAGUCCAUCGUGCCAGCGCUCCAUCGUGAUAAGGACCUUCAUCACCAAUGAUUUUAUGACUGGAAUCGCAGCGACACCAAACAAACAAUUUCCUGCUCAGGUUUUGAACCAGAUGGUAGAAAGAAUCUCGACUGUUCCAGGAAUAUCCCGGGUUUUGUAUGACCUCACUUCCAAGCCACCGGGAACCACGGAAUGGGAAUAGAAGGGGAAAGUGUCAGUCAUGGACAAUAGAAUGCUGUCUCCACAAGUUUAGGAAACAAAUUAUAGUAUUGAUAGUGCUUGACAAAACUAUUUGAUAAUUUAAUAAAGGUUUCAAUUUUU